GAGCGAAUGAACUACAUCCAUCGUGAUCUGCGAGCGGCAAACAUUCUGGUCGGGGAAAAUCUGGUGUGCAAGAUCGCUGACUUUGGUCUGGCCAGACUCAUAGAGGACAAUGAGUACACCGCCAGACAAGGAGCCAAGUUUCCCAUCAAGUGGACUGCUCCUGAAGCUGCUCUAUACGGGCGUUUCACCAUCAAGUCUGACGUGUGGAGCUUUGGUAUCCUGCUCACUGAGCUCAUCACAAAGGGACGCGUACCUUACCCAGGUAUGAAUAACCGCGAGGUCCUGGAGCAGGUGGAGAGAGGCUACAGGAUGCCCUGUGCGGUGGGUUGUCCUGCCUCCCUCCAUGAGCUGAUGGUACAGUGCUGGCGGGGAGAUGCGGACGAGAGACACACCUUUGAAUACCUGCAGGGCUUCCUGGAAGACUACUUCACUGCUACUGAACCCCAGUACCAGCCUGGAGAGAACCU